GAUCCUGGUCCAUCGAGGCAGCUCGACACGCCAGACCGGCCGUGGAUCAUGCAUUGUUGCUGCCCUCUAUGGGCAUGCUAUGAUGUCCUUACCCGAUCGUUCUCCUCUCUGGGGGGUUGGCGUCUGCCAGCUGGCUUCCGCUUUCCCCCCCAAAGCUCUCUCUCGCCCGCGAGCUCCCUAUUUUCCCUCCCUUAUUCCUCCCCAUCAACCUUGCCGCUGCCGUUCCAGGAAAGACAGACGCUACCCUCACGAAUCAAAGGGACCAUGUUACGUCACAUCGAAGGUGGAGGUCCUUGCUAGACUUGUGAACGCUGCGCCCUUGGAUAGAACCGUAUGAGCCUGGCACGGGGUUGUUCAAUGUUGGCCUCCCUGCCCCUCCCCAUAGACCCUUCUCCCUUCUCAUCUUCCCAACAUGUACCUCAUGGCCUAGGACAGCAUCAUUAUCGGCUGAUCUUUGCCGAUUUGUGCUAUGCGAAAAAGGGAAGCUUGGACUAUUAGCUGAACGCAAAACACUGACAAUAAUUGGUUGG